AUGGAAGACAUAUCAUCACUGUCAAAAUCACUACAUGAGAUCUUAUCAGCUCCUGAAGGAGGUGAAAGUCUAGCAUCUACCGUCGAGGGUCACCUCACCACCGCCGAGACAAGUAAGAAGACUGCAGUAUGCGAGAUACUUCUAGAACUUCUGAACGAGGGAGAUGAGCAAUCACAGAUAGACAGGAAGCAAGUAAUCCUAUCAGAUACUUCACUCACCUAUUUACCCCUUCUCCUCCCUCUCGCGACUUCCAUUUCCUCGGCAAAAGAAGUUGUCCUUCUUAUAGCUGAUCAUUCAAACGCACGGGAAGUGGUUUUGGGCUUGACCGAAGGUAUCCAAUCGAUCGUUGAUAGGGCAGAAGGGUAUCAGGUGUCAGAUGAUGAAGGUGAUUUUGACGAUGAGGAGAUUGCGGUGGAUUGGCCAGGGCUGAUAGAGGAGUAUGAGUUGAUCAUCAAGGGUCUAAAUAUCGCUAUUCUUCGAUUACCAAACUCAAGAAGCACACCUACCCUCCUCUCCCUUAGCGAGAGCAUAUCAUCAUCUCUACCAAUCUUAUCGCACCAAGCUACGACAUCAUCUGCUAGGGUACUACUGAGGGAAUUAUGUGGAUUGGUGAAUACCAUCUGGGUAUGGGUGCAGAAUACGAGUGAUCAAGGUGGUGAACAACGAGCUAUACUAUUGACUAUGCUGUUCGAGUCGAUCACUCUGCUCGGACAUAAAGUCGAUGCGAGAUUGACCGAAAGAUGGUUUUUGAAUACUUAUCCUAAAUUCAAGAAAAUGCCAACAUCUAAACAGUCACUUGAAGGUUGGGAAGCGGGACAAGGAGUUCUGGAUUCAGCUUGGUCAACAGGCAAGACACUCGACCUUACUCCAUCAGACCUGUUACACAAAAUCAUUGACCCUUCCCAUCUUACUGUACACUCCUCUUUGGCCUCUCUCAAUCUCUUAUCUUCCCAACUGGUCACUCAGGAUAAAUCGACCCUUCUUCCUUCCUGGGUCUCACCAACGUUAUUGGACGAUAGUAUGCCAAUCCUCUGUGCUGCACUGAGCGGGUCGAGCGUAGAUGCUGGAGUUGCCUAUACCUGGGCCGUCGUAAAUUUCUAUUCAGAUAACAAAGAGGGAACAGUGGAGUAUGAUAAUGCGUCUAUGCUUCUUGAGUUGUUGGUCCCUUUGACCGCUCAACAUCCCUCUUCUCUCAUGCGACUGGCCUUGUUCAAAUUGAUAGGAGGAAUCGUAUCUCUUCAAUCCCCCGCCGUGAACAGGAUAGAACUAUUCAAACAACUUUUGGAACCUGCCAACCCAUUUGAUAAUAUCCGAAUCCAAUCAUUAUCAUUGUUGAGAGAAACAAUAUCCUCAAAGGAAGUCUUGUCUUCUGUACUCGUCGAGAUCCUAUUCCCAAUCUUAUUUUUCUCCCCCUCUCAACUAGACCCAGAAGAUAAUCCAUUCACCUACUCACCUUCCGACCUGCUAAACUCACCUUAUAUACCGUGGUGGACCGAAUGUUUGACUUUAUUAUGGUUCAUACUGGAUUUCGACAAGGAAGAUAUAACAGGCGCUUGGGAGAGGUUUAAAGAAGAUGAUGGGAUAAGAGCAUGGUUAGAAGGAAUUGAGAAGAAGAUAAAGGAAUUGCAGGUCUUCCUGACGGAUAAGAAGGAGGAUGAUACGGAUGAAUUUGGAGGAGCACAAUUUGCGGUGAUGAGAUUUGAAGAUGCUUUGAAUAGAGUCAAAGGGGUAACGUCCAGUGUCGUUUAG